GAGGGUCAGAGACUCUCCUUUGGGGUUAAAUGCCAGGCAUUCUGAUAUGUGAGGGCCCUUGUUAUGCAGUAGUUAUAUAUAUAUAUUUUAAUGCCCAGGAAUAACAACAGAUGAGUAUGCGUACAGAUUUGAAAGCCCUCUGAGGCAAAUUUGUAAUUUGUGAUAUUGGGUUGUAUAAAAAAAUGGAAUUGAAUUGAAUGAGGAUUAUAUCCGAAAAUGUGAGCUAAAAAACAGCUUAGAAGUUGUUUUGAUUGGUCUACAGUUCACCAUCAGAGGCACACAUCAGUGGUCAGAGGUCUCCCACGCUGUUAUUAUUGGCUGUGACAGCUUGCAUUUUUCCAGUCGAGUGUUUACUCAAUAUUGACUGUGCGCCCGAUCAACUAUAAUGCGGUUUCUUCCCUUUUCUCCUCCGGGCACGUUUGGUGCUCUACGAAGCAAAUGCAACUUCCUGUUUGCAGCCGCCGUCUAAUUUGCAGGACACCUCAAGGACACCUUCGCCUCCAACUUUAAUACCGCGGUGUUUGGCGAAACCGCGAGCAGAAGCCUCGAAAACCACUCGCCCCCAGAAGUCUGGCACCGCCGCCGAUGUUCGGCUGUGAUUUCCAAUUACCGUUUGUGAGGUCUGAGUAAUGACUGACAAAGCAUUGAAGAACCACUGUUGCUUUGGCCCGGGCCCAGACCUCAGCUUCCCUCCGCAGCGGCUCAGCCAGGUUAUAUUUAGUGUAAAACUCUCCUCUCCCUCGGCAGGCACAUAGGCGAGCGCCGUGGUGAACCAUUGAACACGGUCGGCGGGGCGGUGGCGGCGUGCAUCUCAGGCGCAAGCGCAGCUCGGUCCGGCACAACUUGCUUGAGUGUCACUUCAUUGGUCGGCCCCCGAUUGGCUCGAGGCCACAUCCGUAAAUGUAGCUGAGAUCCACCGGUACCGCUCAUCACUUCGCCUACAUCCUCAACACGUCCGACUACCGGAUCCUGCGCAUGGACGAGGACCACGACCGCAUGUACGUGGGCAGCAAGGACCACAUCCUGUCCCUGGACCUCCACGACAUCAACAAGGAGCCGCAUAUUAUCCACUGGCCGGUGUCCGAGCGUAGACGGAUGGAGUGCCUCGUGAGUGGGAAGGACGCCAAAGAGGAGUGCGCGAACUUCAUCCGCCUGGUGGAGCCGUGGAACCGGACUCAGCUGUACAUCUGCGGGACCGGAGCCUACAACCCGGUCUGCGCCUUCGUCAACCGCGGACGCAAACCUCAGACGUCCAUGUAUCUGCAGAUGGCCCAGGCCAGAGGACGGGCUAGCCGCGCAGCCGAAUCCAGCGCGGUGCACGAGACACUCGGACUCAAGGAAGACAUCUUUCAUUUGGAGCCGGGCAAAGUGGAAUCUGGGAAAGGGAAGUGCUCCUACGACCCGAAUCUCAACAGCGUGUCGGCUUUGAUCAAUGGUCAACUGUACGCCGGCGUCUACGUCGACUUCAUGGGGACGGACUCGGCCAUUUUCCGUACUUUGGGGACAAAGACCGCCAUGCGAACGGAUCAGUACAACUCCAGAUGGCUCAACGACCCCACGUUCAUCCACGUUCACCUCAUCCCCGACAGCGCCGAGAGAAACGACGACAAGCUGUAUUUCUUCUUCCGGGAGAAGUCCUCCGAGAUGGGCCAGAGUCCCGUGACCCAGUCCCGUAUCGGACGCAUCUGCCUGAACGAUGACGGAGGCCACUGCUGCCUGGUCAACAAGUGGAGCACCUUCCUGAAGGCCCGGCUCAUCUGCUCGGUGCCGGGGGCCGACGGCAUGGAGACGCACUUCGACGAGCUCCGAGAUGUUUACAUCCAGCCGACACAGGACACAAAGAACCCCGUGAUAUACGCCGUCUUCUCCGUCUCGGGCUCCGUCUUCAAGGGCUCGGCAGUGUGCGUCUACUCCAUGGCCGACAUCCGCAUGGUCUUCAACGGGCCGUUCGCCCACAAGGAGGGUCCCAACUACCAGUGGGUGGCCUACAGCGGGAAGAUCCCCUACCCACGCCCCGGCACGUGCCCUGGAGGUACGUUCACCCCGAACAUGAAGUCCACGAAGGACUAUCCGGAUGAAGUGAUUAACUUCAUGAGGAAUCACCCUGCCAUGUACAACGCCGUGUACCCGGUGCACAAGCGCCCCCUGGUGGUUCGGACCAACGUGGACUACGAGUUCACCACCAUCACCGUGGACCAAGUGACGGCUGCGGACGGCAACUAUGAAGUGCUCUUCUUAGGAACUGACAAGGGAACAGUGCAGAAAGUCAUCGUUCUGCCCAGAGACGACCUGCAGACCGAGGAGCUGGUCCUUGAGGAGGUGGAGGUUUUCAAGGUCCCGACUGCAAUCACAACGAUGAAGAUCUCAUCCAAAAGGCAACAGCUGUACGUGUCCUCGGCCACCGGGCUGACCCAGCUGGCUCUUCACCGGUGCGAUGUGUACGGCGAGGCCUGCGCCGACUGCUGCCUGGCCAGAGACCCGUACUGCGCCUGGGACGGCAAGUCCUGCUCCCGGUACUCCGCCUCCCAGAAGAGGUCUGACCCCUUCAGACGCAGCCGGCGGCAGGACGUCAAAUACGGGAACCCCAUCCGCCAAUGCCGAGGCUUCAACUCUAACACCAAUAAGAACACUCUGGAGAUGGUGCAGUACGGGGUGGAGGGGAGCAGUACCUUCCUGGAGUGUCAGGCCCGCUCUCCACACGCUCUCCUCAAAUGGCAUCUGCAGAGAGAUAACAGCGACCGCAGGAAAGAGAUGCGCUCCGACGGUCGCAUUCUGAAGACGGAGCAGGGCCUCCUCCUGCGGUCCCUGCAGCCCUCCGACUCCGGCAUGUACCAAUGCACGGGCACGGAGAAGAGCUUCAAACACACGCUGGUCAAGCUGCAGCUGGUGGUGCUGUCGAGCCGGGCCGUCAACAACGUGCUGGUGGAGGGCGGAGGAGGAGGAGGAGGGGGGCUGGCGCCGCACUCCUCCUCCGCGCACUCCAGCAGCACCCAGUGGACCCCCAGCGCGGGCCAGUACAAGGACCUGCUGACCAUCCUGAGCCAGCCAGAGAUGAGCCUGAUCAAUCAGUACUGCCAGGACUACUGGCAGUUCGGAGACCCGCUGAUGGGCGCCCUCAAGUCCAAAGACCUGAAGGAGCUCAAGGAGCAGAAGAAGCCCCGCAACCGCCGGCACCACGGGCUGGUGGAGGAAGAGGAGGAAGAGGAGGUGGAGGAGUCAGAGACAUGAGAAGCCCAGUUGUGUGUGUGUGAAACACCCUCAACCACCUCCCCCCAUCACCUCCACCACCACCCUGUGAAAACUGGGAGAGACUCAUUGAGAGUAGCGAAAAACGUGAAAAUAAAUCCACAAAAACCCCAUUAUGAAAAAAAAAAAGAGGCUUUCAAAACAAAACAAAAAACCACCACAUUCAUCAAACAGUAAGAUAUAUGAUACACAGUAUUUAUUGUAGGUUGUAUAUAGUAUCAUUCUGUGGAUUUCUUUGUACUUAUAGAAAAAAAAAGAAAAAAACAUGCUCUUUGUGUAUAGGUACCGUUUGGGGGGCAAAUAGUGAUGUUAUUAUUGAUGUUGUUAAUUUUAUUGUUGCUGUUACUGUCAUUACAGAACUCAUCUGUGGGCAUCAUAUGACCUUGGCGACUGUUUCUUUGGAAUGUGUGUUUAUCAGGCGUGUAAGCUGUUCUCUAACGGGGGAGGGGGGGGAUGAGUUGUCGAUAAGCGGUGACGGGAUCUCUGUUGUUUCUUGCUUGCUUUGACUCGAUGCCGAGGCUCUUUUUUUUCUUUUUUUCUGGAUGCGCCAAGAAGAAAAACCACCGGUGACGUAAACUCCCUCGUGACAGAGACUUAGAUAUUGCCGUGCGGGACGGGACCAUCGACACAUGGUCCCAGUUACUUCGGGGUGGGGGGUGUGGGGGGGUGUGGGGGUGUAGCCUCCAGAUGUACAGAUGAGUCUUCAAAUAUUCCCACCGGUGCAAUCGGGCCCUUUUUUAAAUAGGAAAACGACCAUUUCGUUCUAUUUCUUUCCUCGGCGGAGGACCGAUUGUAAAAAUGAUCCAGCAUCUUCGAUGCUAUUCAACCCGGAUACUCAUCAUUUUUUUCCUUUAAAAAAAAAAUCUCAAUUGUUUUCUGCUUUUUAUUCACCCGCCGCUUCUUCAGACCCCAAAACUAAAGUAAAAAAAUAAUAAAAAAACAGUUGAAACAUAGCAAGCAUCAGAUGAGUUUUGUUUUUUUAUAUAUAUAUUUUUUAAAUCAAAUCUACGAAGGAAUAUCGUGGUUUGGUUCUUUUGAAAAUGCAAACAUCCUUUGAACUGAGAUUGAGGUGCAAUAAAGGGUCACGUUUUGUUUUUUUUGCACAAAGGGCAUUAUUGUUUUACUUUGGGGGGAGGGGGUGAUGUUGGCCGCGGCCACACGCAACAAGCACACUCGAGCAACUUACUGGUUUACUUCCUGUCAUGAGAGGGGGGGAAAACAAUCGACGAUGAAAGAGACGGCAGCCGCGAGCUCGGAGCACUCGAGACAUCUGUUCUUCCUUUUACAUUCACGUGUGGAAAAGAGAGAGAAAAAAAGAAAAGAGAAAAAAAAACAAUUGCCCAUAUACACAACAGAGCAUUGUAACAAUGUUGUGACACUAACCAAAAUAUUGGGAAGCUGGCUUUCAUUGUGUGCAUGAACCUGUAAUUUGUACUGUAAUUCUGAUAAGAUACUGUGUGGUCCUUUAUUCUUUUCUGUUUCUCAUCUCUCUGGGUGUGUACAGUGUGGUCUCAGUUCAUGGAACGGGGGAAACAAACAAACGCUUUAAAGAAGCCCUCGUUACUCAUACACCCCCCGUAUGAAGCGGGAUGAUGCAUCUUCUCGUUGACAGCAGUAUAGAUUUUUGAUUUGGAGUAUUCAGGGAAAUUCUCUAUAUGUGUCUCAUUCAAUGGCAUAUAUACAAACGCAGUUUACAUCUGAUUAUCGGGUUGUUAUUACAAGAUGUGUGACGGUUCUAUUGAUCAGAAUUGUUGUGCUCUAUUAAAAGCAUUUAUGCCAUUUUGAUUUAUAAAAAUAUAUUAUGGGUGGAAAAAAUAAAUAGCACAACGUCUGGAAUAAGGUGCAAUUGUAUUUGUAUAUCUUUGGCUUUUAAUCCACGGGCUGUGGUCUGCAGGCUGUUCUGAAUGCCUUUGGGAAGAUGCAUCUAUAAUUCAUACAGAGGUAUCCAUCGCUAUCCGCUCCUCAAUUUUUGGGAUGUCUGCAUUCCCAGAAUCAAUCACAGUUCCUGGUUGUCUCCUCCAAAAUGAGACCGCGGAAAGAAAAGAAGAAAAGAAAGAAGAAAAAAAUGCAAAGAAAGGUUGUACAAUUUGUUGGUAUUUUUCACACACAAAAAAACGUGUCUGUAGUUUUUGAGUGUUUUUUUGUUUUUGUUUUUUUGUUGUAUUUUUGCAUCAUCAGACUUUAUGGAGAAAUAAAAAAAAGAAGAAAACUAAAUGCACAACGGUGAUGUUCCUGUAAUGCCCUGUGUAAAUGACUCUUUUUUCCCUUUUUCCAUUGUUGUUGCUGACUAAUAAAUUAAAGCUCUAUAUUUUAUAAGACUGGAAUGCUCCCCCCCCCCCCCCCUCAUUGUGAUUGGCUUGAUACUGGAUGUGUUCCAUGUUCUGCCCAUGAAUCCCCCCGGAUCCUUGGAAUAAAGUUGUACCUGUUAAAGAGA